CUUUGCUUAGCUUGGGUCAAUGUUCUUCGAUUUCUUGUUUUAGAGCUAUAGAAUUAUAUUUUCUUUUUAUAAUUACUUUCUUACUGUAACUUUCGUGCUCCUCGAAAAACAAUAAUGCUGACUUUGGAGGAGUCUCGAGUUGACGCCGGGCGCUUUAUUACUAACUCGCAGUCCAUAGAAUUUGGGCCCUGGCAUAUCUCCUACGACAUAAGCUGUAUCUUACCCAGUAUUUGCUCUACAAAAGUCGUUUGCGAACGGGACGAUGAUCAGUUUUGUCAAUUCUGCAUAUACUGCAAGGAGCUGGAAAUUCCACAUUUUCCUGACAUGGUGUUUCCUAAGAAUAUUUUAUCGUUGACUCACAAGAACGGAGCUGCAAUCAAUUUUAACCCUCUGGAUGCUUUAAAGCUAGUGUCAUCUACUACUGAAGCUAUAGAAGUGUCUUGUGCGGAAGCUUGGCAGGGAGCAAGACCAGAUGCCACGAAGAAGAAGAGACCAUUUGACUGGACCUUCUCCACAGAUUACAAAGGCACGCUCACAGACAACAUCACCGUUGAACCCACCGAUGAGAACAUCAACUACGAGUUGUUGAAACAGAAGGAUCAGAUCCUGUACUACCAUGACCUCACACUGUUUGAGGAUGAGUUGCAUGAUCAUGGGAUAUCUAAGCUAUCUGUCAAAAUUAGAGUAAUGCCGACCUACUGGUUCGUAUUGCUCAGGUACUUCCUGAGAGUGGACGACGUCAUGGUGAGAUCGCACGAGACCAGGAUGUUUCACAUGUUGAACACUAAUUAUGUGAUACGGGAAUAUACAGCCAAGGAAUCUAAAGCUGAAGAUUUACAGAUCCCUACAUCACAAAUGAAGGAUGGAGAUGAUGUUAUACCUUUUCUCACAUUGACAGAAAAAACUCUUCACAAACUGAUAAUCAACUCAGAAACCAAUUCUAGUUAAAGAAAAUACUUUUAUAAAAAUCUUGUUAAUAGAAUGCCGUCAAUAGUAAUGAAUUUUUUUAAUAAUUUAAGUUAUGUAAUAAAGUGCGUAUCUGUAUAUAAAUGUUUUUAACCGCCGCCCCAAAUCUCAAGGAAGGGGGUUCUCAAUUCGUCUGUAUUUUUUUAUGUUUGUUCCACGAUAUCUCCGUCGUUAGUGGACCGAUUUUGAAAAAAUUUUUUGAACAAUAUUUACAAAAGCAUCUAAAAAGGGUUUUACUUUUAUGUUCCGAUACAUUUUCGCCGCGCGCCUUUCGUCGCGCGCUAAGCGACACAGAGAAAUUUGCAUUGUGAAUUUAACAAGUUCGACUUGUUGCGGUUUAUCCGUUUGAAUCAGCCAAACGUAUGUUUAAAACAAUAUGUGUCAGGUUG